GUUGAAAUACGCAACCGACGGAUUACAACGCAGUAGCACUGGAUUCGGCAGCUGUGAGAACCAGCCGUAGCCAGGACAAUGAGGCUGCGCUGGUCCAAGAAGUUGGCUAUUUUGUCAAAGGCCGGCCUCUUUUUCUGUAUCUUGUGGCUCUUCUACCUUUUCUUGUUUGGCUCGUCCGGCACACCUCCUUCCAAGGACGACAGCAAACAAAGCGUUCAGGAGCGGCGCUCCUUCGAGCAAAAGGAAGAUGACCCAGAGAGUCUUCUGAGACCCAUUUACGUGAAAUCCGCACCUGACCCGAAUGCACCCGGAGAGUGGGGCAGAGCCACUCGUCUAAGCCUCACCGCAGAGGAGAAAAAGCAGGAGCAGGACAGCAUUGAGCGCUAUGCCAUCAACAUCUUUGCCAGUGAUAAGAUAUCCCUCCAUCGACACAUUCAGGAUAACAGAAUGCACGAAUGUAGAAGCAAGAAAUACAAUAUCCAUCGUCUUCCUACCACAUCUGUAAUUAUAGCCUUUUACAACGAGGCCUGGUCCACCCUGCUGAGAACCAUUCACAGUGUACUGGAGACCACACCAGCUGUCCUGCUAAAAGAGGUCAUCCUCAUUGAUGAUUUCAGUGACAAAGGUUACCUGAAGUCACAGCUGGAAGCAUACAUUAGUAACCUACAGCGUGUGCGUCUCAUCCGCACCAAAAAAAGAGAAGGGCUGGUCCGAGCUCGGCUCAUUGGUGCCACCUUCGCCACUGGAGAUGUGCUAACCUUCCUGGACUGCCACUGUGAGUGUGUGCCUGGCUGGAUCGAACCUCUUCUAGACAGGAUUGCUGAAAAAGAGAACACUGUAAUAUGCCCAGUGAUUGACACCAUUGACUGGAACACAUUUGAGUUCUAUAUGCAGACUGAAGAGCCUAUGGUGGGCGGCUUUGAUUGGCGUCUCACAUUCCAGUGGCAUGCUGUGCCCGAGGAGGACCGCAAGAGACGGAAAUCCCGAAUUGAUCCCAUUAGGUCUCCCACCAUGGCUGGGGGUUUGUUUGCCGUUAGCAAGGCCUACUUUGAGCAUCUGGGCACCUACGACAUGGGCAUGGAGGUGUGGGGAGGGGAAAAUCUGGAGCUUUCCUUCAGGGUCUGGCAGUGUGGAGGCUCAUUGGAGAUUCACCCAUGUUCUCAUGUGGGUCACGUCUUUCCUAAGCAUGCGCCAUAUGCCAGGCCAAAGUUUCUCCAGAACACAGUUCGGGCUGCUGAGGUCUGGAUGGACUCAUACAAGGAAUUGUUUUAUAACCGCAAUCCUCCUGCUCGUAAGGAAUCAUAUGGGGACAUCUCAGACAGGAUUCUGUUACGGGACCGGCUCAUGUGCAAGAGCUUCGACUGGUACCUGAAGAAUGUCUACCCAGGUCUGCAUGUGCCAGAGGAUAGACCUGAGUGGCAUGGAGCUCUACGUAAUAGUGGGAUCCCUUCAGAAUGUUUGGACUACAACGCUCCAGAUCACAACCCAACAGAUGCUCACCUGUCCCUGUUUGGCUGCCAUGGACAAGGAGGCAACCAGUACUUUGAGUACACAUCACAUAAGGAGAUCCGCUUUAACUCAGUGACUGAGCUGUGUGCGGUGACUGAAAACAGCCAGAACCACAUAGGGAUGAAGCACUGUCCUGCAGAUGGAAAGCAGGUUCCUCAAAGCAUGGUUUGGGUGUUCAGAGAUGAUGGAAGUAUAUAUCACCCUCUUACUGACAGGUGCAUAACCUCUUACCGCACAGCAGAGGGGCGGACUGAUGUUCAAAUGCGCACCUGUUCCACCCAAGACAAAAACCAGCUAUGGAAGUUCGAAUGAUGGAAGUGUUAUUUCACCUCAGUCUUAAUCCAAGUGCAAUUACCAUGAAGACAGCUGUUCAGUCAUAGGAAAAUAACUGUACAUACUGACGGCAUUACCAUUCAGUAACCUGGUUCAGCCACUAUGUGACGUUUUAUUUAAUUUUGCACUCUUGAGUUUUAUGGCCAGUUGGUCAGAAUCCCCUGAGGGAUUAGGACACUCUUUAGAAAAUCAAUGUGAUAUGGAGUUGCUCAGUGAAUUCCAUUGGCAGAAAAGUGCCAAUGCUCUGUGAAAGUGAAAACCUAGUUUUCAAAAUGGCCAGACAUGACUCAGUGCCUUGACAGUUCAGUGCCUUUGAAAACCAAAGGUAUUUAAUACUUGUGCUAUUGUUUCUUUUGUGAUAUUGAAAAACUAUAUAUAACAGUACUGUGGUACUAUUUCUUACAGUAGCAACAUGGAAUGAUAUUUUUGUGUAGUAUCUGCAUUGAUGUUUAAAUUGCACUA